AUGCCCAGGCCGGGGAGCCGCGGCGGCGCCGGCGGAGCGAGCACUCCAACGCGCGAGCGAGCGAAUGAAUGGAUGGACGGACGGACGGACCGAGGGGACUCGCGAGCUGGGCCGCGGGCGCCCGGGGAUCGGCGGGCGACGGAGCCGGGGUGGCUGCGCCGAGGCCGAGAGGGAACGACGGGAGGCCACGCGUUACAUAACCCGGCGGCCCGAGGCGCAAGGGCGGCGCGGCGGGGCGGGCUGCAGGCCUCGGAGCGGCCCGGCCCCGGCCUCCCUGCUCCCCAGCCCCGGCCUCCCCGCUCCCCUGCUCCCCCGGCCCCGGCGGCCCCGGCCCCGGCCCCGGCAUCCCUGCUCCCCUGCUCCCCCGGCCCGGGCAUCCCCGCUCCUGUCUCCCCGGCCCCGGCCUCCCCGGCAUCCCCGCUCCCCGGCCCGGGCCUCCCCGCUCCCGGCCUCCCCGGCCCCGGGGCUCCCGUCUCCCCGCUCCCGUCUCCCCGUCUCCCGUCCCCCCGGCCCCGGCCUCCCCGCUCCCGUCCCCCCGGCCCCGGCCUCCCCGGCCCCGGCCCCGCGGCUCCCCGCUCCCCGGCCUCCCCGCUCCCGUCCCCCCGGCCCCGGCCUCCCCGGCGAGCGGAUGCCCGGCGCCCCUCCCCCCACCCGCCGGCCCGGGGUCGCUCACCUCCCGCGCCGCCGCGGGCCACCAUGCCCGGGCCCAGCCGCUUCCUCGGGCCUCGUCGCGGGCGCCGCCGCCACACAGCGUCCUCCGAGCCGCGCCGCGCCGAUCCCCGCCGCCCGCGCCGCCCGCACUCACCGGGCGCGGCGCACGCGCGCUGCUCGCGCCCGGCCCGAGGCGACCCCGGCCCCGCCCUCCGCUCGCCCGCAGGGGCAGCGCCUGGGCCGCACGUGACCCGCGUCGCUGGCUGGCUGGGCGGGGGCAGCGCGGCGACGCACGGCGACGCACGGCGACGCACAGCCGCGCCCCGGCGCCCGGACUAA